GCAACAUUUUUCUCGUUUCUGUAGCAUGGUUUGAGGAUAUUCCGUCUUUUGCACAGUUUUCUUUGGGUCUUUACUAUAGCGAAUUGUAGGAUACCUUUAUAACCAGAAGUAACGAGUGUAAAGAGUUCUCUAAAAAAGAUCUUUCAGGUUUCCGUCCAGUUGACAGCCGGAAAUGUAAGCGAGCACCGAAGACGGUCCAAACCCGAAUAAUUUGUUUUCGAUGCACACGAAACGAAAACAUCAUGGAGACAAAAUGCAGAAGACAAAUCUGCUUUCGUAAAAGCUGAAUUAGCUACUUCUCUAAUGAAUGCUGCAACAGUGGCGGGAAGACGGGCAGACGACAAGGCCGAGGAGACAGGCGUUUUGAUCGGUGAGGGUGACAAGUUGAUCAAUGUGGUUUUGCUCAAUGGAGAGAGGCUUAACGUUAGAGUACAGGCAUCUGCUAGUGGACAAGAUUUGUAUACCAUCAUCACGGAUCAUCUUGGGCUCACAGAAACCAUUUUCUUUGGACUAAUGAUCAUAAAAGAUGGAGAGCACGAGUUCUUAGACUUGAAUGAGAAACUUUCCAAGUUGGCAAAGUUUGCUCCUCAUCUAUGGAAAGACGAUGUUUCUUGCAAUUCCUCCCUUGUUUUCACCAUCUUCUUCCGUGUCAAGUAUUACGUGGAGAACAUUUGCCUUCUUCAACAACAGUCUACCAGACACUUGUACUACCUGCAGCUGCGAAAAGAUGUCCUGGAAGGAGGAAUUUACGUUCACGAAGAAACUGCUAUGCUUUUAGCUUCGUAUGCUCUCCAAGCAGAAGUAGGGGAUUAUAACCAGACCGUUCAUGGCUCGGAUUACUUCGUUCCAGAGCAUUAUCUUCCUCAGAGAGCAAUUGCCAAACUUACUGCUUCCUACAUAAAGAAGCAUCUUCCUGCGAUGCAUAAGACUCACACUGGUCUCAGUGAUGCUCAGGCCGAAAUAGAGUAUUUAAAGGAGGCACAAAAGUUACAGGAGUAUGGAAUUAUAUUCAACAAAGUGUCAAAGUUUAAAAAAGACAAGAGGGGCGGUUUUAGCUUAGGCAUCAGUGUCAGAGGCCUCAUUGUGUACGAGGAAAGAGGAGUCGUAAAAAGUCCGACAUUUCGUCAUCCGUGGCAAAACAUCAAGAGGAUGGCCUUUCAUCGGCGACGAUUUUUCAUUGAGGCACACGGUGAUCCAGAAACCUCCAAAAUGGUUUUGUACACAUGCAGUUAUAAGAAGUCCCGUUAUUUGCUGAAAAUGUGUACAUCUUUCUAUAAAUUCCAAAUGAUGAUGGGAAUGAAGUUAUCCAGCCUCAAAGAAUAUCCAAAAGAUGGAGUGGUCAGGAUGAAUGGAGUAGUAAAGACCGACGAAUCCGACUCUCUGGCUGGAGAUAUGCCAGAAUCAGCCGCGGGCAAGCCUGAAAACGAGUCAGGGGUCAUACAGCCGCCUGGAAUAGGUCCCGCGAUACAUCUGAACGGGUCAGCGUGCCCAGUGCAGGACCAGCCAUUGCAGGUCAGGGUUCAUCCUGUUCAGCUUCAGAAGGUGAACGGGAGCCUGGGACUCAAUAUUAUUGGUGGUAUCGAGUUGGGUGGUAUUUAUGUGAAGACCAUGGCCGCAGAAGGUCCCGCCUCUCUCAGCGGAAAAAUUAACAUUGGUGACAGAAUUCUUGAAAUAAACGGUCAAAGUCUAGAGGGUUUAUCAAGGCAAGAGGCUGUUAACAUUUUAAGGACAGCACCUCAUGUUUGCACAAUGCUGAUAGAGAGCUGUGUAGCAGCUCCUGCGACACCAAAUGGCAAGCCAGUAAUGCCUGGGUCUGAAUCAGCGUCAGCUUUUUAUCACCCUCACAGACAGCAGCAAAUGCAGCCCAUGAUUGAACGUCAACCCUCAUUGGAAUCACAAUAUUCCUCCAUGCAACAGCAGUUUGUGCCCAGCCAAAGUCACCAGAUUGAAGACAUAGUUACAGACUACAUUCCUAUUGAAAUCCCGAAACUCAAUGGAAGUUUCGGGCUAAAUGUUACGGGUGGGCCAGAACUCGAUGGAAUUUAUGUGAAGUCCCUAUUGCCUGGCGGAGCCGCAGAAGCUUCAGGGAAAAUAAGAAAUGGUGACAGAAUAGUGGAGAUAAAUGGUGUGGCAAUGGAUGGUCUCAAUCGUAAACAGGCUGUAGAGUUGUUGAGGCGGUCCGCUGCCACAGCGACACUGGUCAUAGAGCGCUUCAGAAACCCUGAGCCUGCAGGACCGCAGGUAGAGGACUUGGAGGAUCUCUUGAGAACUUCGCCAAAUUGCAUGCUAGUGGAACUACAGAAAAUCAACCAUUCAUUUGGAUUUAGCGUUGUGGGUGGGCCUGAUUUCGGUGGAAUUUUUGUGAAAACUAUCAAUCCAAAUGGUGCGGCAGCAAUGGAUGGUAGGAUAGGAAUCAACGACAGAAUAGUGGCUGUAAACUGUGUCAAUUUAACGCGUGCUACAAGACAAGAGGCGGUUGACGCCCUGCGAAACUCACCAAUCAUCGCUCAACUUGUAGUAGAAAAAGUCACUGCUGAAGAUAUCAUGACAAACAGUAGCGGACCCCCCACCCCACAAGAAUCAAGAUACGGCGCAGUGCAUUACAAUCAUUAUCAAGCGAGCACCGACAGCUAUAAUGAUUACAGUAUGGACGAUCUACCAUUCGAAGUGUAUCUAACAAAGGGACAAAGUGGACUGGGUAUGAGUCUCACAGGGGGAGACAAUGGAGCUCCAAUCUAUAUUAAAAAGCUGGUUCCUGGAGGCUCAGCUCUCAUGUGCGGACAGCUUCAAGUGAACGACAUUAUUCUCCAAAUCAACAAUAAAAAUGUUGACCGGAUGACAUACAGAGAAGCUCUUUCCAUACUUCGGAAUUGUCCCUCAGAGGUUCGCUUACUCGUACAGAGACCCCGGAUGUCCUCUCAUCCUCCUUACCCAGGAUACCACGUGGGCAGUGACAGAGCAAGUGUUGACAGUUAUGGAAGCUAUAGUAGCAUGUCAAGUAUUUUUUAAACAAGUUCUGACUAUGUUCAUCAAGAUAAGUUAAAGAUUUUUAACCAGUUUAUCAAGUUAAACAAGUUCUGCGAGUUUAUCUCGUUCAGCGACUGUACAUUGACCUUUUUGGAGUAGUGCUUUGUCAUUGGUCAAAGGAAUUUAACCUGUGGCAGAUUGGCAAAGUAGUGGUAAAGAACUGAGACAUAUGAAUUCAAGCCACAAUCCAAGUUUUAGUUCAAGUUGCGGAGAUGGAUGAAAUAGAAACGACUGCCUUUAUAAUGGAAAGUCGAUGCAGAUUAGCGAAUUACAUUGUUAAAUUUGGUGGAUUUAAACUAAUAGCAGGCUCGUUUGGGCUUCAGACACAAGUCACCUGUACAUUAAAAACCCCUAAGUUUGGAGACCGAGUUGUAAAGUUAGAUGAAAUGAUGAAAUUGUGUUUCGGGAAUCAUCUUUGCGAGGGCUGCGGGCCAUAUUGUCUUUCGUAACUGUUUUCUUUUUUUCUGUUUUGUUUAAUUUUUUUCUUAUAGAGAGCCCUGGCAUUUUAGAAAGCUUGUUUUUCUGAGGGGGGUUAUCGUAAAAUUUAUUGUUCAGGGACGCCUGUUACCUCUGUUUUCUUCUGAUCAGGUGACCAUCGCCUGAAAAUUCUUACUGACUCCUAUUACUCUCUUUAAGAUGUAAAUGUACUUCUUAAUAAAGUAAGAGAUGUGUUCA